GAGAGAGAGAGAGAGAGAGAGAGAGAGGGGGGUAUUGAACUUAGGGGAGAAAAAAAAAAAGAAAAAAAAAAAGAGGCAAUGGCUGGUGAAUGUGGAGAGGGGAAUUGUCUCGGUUGGGCUGCAAGAGAUGUUUCUGGAACUCUCUCGCCCUACAAAUUCAACCGAAGGGAUCUUCGGAACGACGAUGUCUCGAUAAAGAUAACAUAUUGUGGCGUUUGCUAUGCCGACGUCAUCUGGACGAGAAAUAAACUCGGCGAUUCGAAGUACCCGUUGGUUCCUGGGCAUGAAAUUGCAGGGGUUGUGCAAGCGGUCGGUUCCGACGUUAAACGCUUCAAAGUUGGUGAUCAUGUCGGAGUUGGAACCUACGUAGACUCGUGCAGAGAUUGCGAGUAUUGUAAUGUUUUCCGAGAGGUUCACUGUGUGAACUUCCCAACAGGGACUUUCAACCGCUUAGAUUCCGAUGGUACGAUCACUAAAGGCGGAUAUUCUAGCUACAUAGUGGUUCGCGAGAGGUUUGUCGACAAGAUACCUGAUGGGUACCCCUUAGAGAAGGCGGCGCCACUGCUAUGCGCAGGGAUUACAGUGUACGCGCCGAUGAUGCGCCAUAAAAUGAACCAACCUGGCAAAUCUCUCGGCGUGGUCGGGCUCGGUGGAUUGGGUCAUAUGGCUGUGAAGUUUGGAAAAGCCUUUGGAUUGAAUGUAACCGUUAUUAGUACGAGCGAGUCCAAGCGCGAAGAAGCCAUCAAAGUUCUCAAAGCAGAUAAAUUUGUGGUAUCAUCAGAUGAACAGCAGAUGCAGUCGCUGACGAAGUCCCUGGACUUCAUUAUCGAUACUGCUUCUGGCGACCACCCGUUCGACCCAUAUCUUUCGCUCCUAAAGAUCGACGGUGUCAUGGUCUUGGUGGGCUUUCCUAGCGAAAUUCGAAUCAGUCCUCUAACACUCAAUUUUGGCGCGAGAUCGCUUGCAGGGAGUGUAACCGGCGGUACCAAGGAAAGGCAAGAGAUGAUCGACUUUUGUGCAGCGAAUAAAGUGUACCCGGAUAUCGAGCUCAUCGGUAUCGACUACAUCAAUGAGGCUCUCGACAGGCUUACUAAGAGCGACGUCAAGUAUCGAUUCGUGAUCGACAUUGCGAAUUCUCUUAAGUGAUGAUCCUAAAUUUUCUGCAUGUGCCCACUAUAGACACAACAUGUAGUUUGAUUGUGUGUGUGUGUUUGCAGUGAAGAGUGUUACUGUUGUUGCUGAUACAUGGAAAGCUUGCAUGCCUCUGGAAUAAAAGUUUUUUUUUGUCUUUUUGGUGAAUUUA